AUGGCCGCGGCGACGACUUCGGCGUCCAUCUCGGCGACCCUCGCGUCGCGUCGCCGAGGCGACGCGAUGUGCCAGCGGAACGUCGCCGCCGCGUGCGCGAAACCGCGGCGGGCGGGCCCGUGCCGUCGUCCCGACGCCGCCGCCGCGGGAUUCCGCCGACGAUUCGAGGCGGCGUGCUCGUCCUCGUCCUCGUCCUCGUCCUCGUCCUCCCCGAUAGACCCCGACGACGUCUCCGCGCCGGCCGAGCGCGACGACUACGCGGCGUGGAAGUCGUCCAAAGACGACGAGACGGAGUCGUUCAAGCGCGCGGCGAGGAGGGACGACGACGACUUCGUCGUCGGCGCCAAGCCCCUCGACGAGAAACAAUUAUCGCAGGUGAUGCUUCAACUCCUGACGAACCACUCCCGCGGCGUCCCCGCGGCGAUGCUCCUCGACAAAGUCAAGAAAGACAUGUGCCUGGACGGGUACAAGUCCGUGCUCGUCGGCAUCGGGCGGACGCGGCAGUGGGCGCUCGCGAGAGAGGUCGUGGAGUGGGUCCGAGCGCAGGGCGUCGAGCAAGGCGAGCGAGGAAGCGAGGUGCUGACGUCCAACUGGUUCGUCGCGUUGAUUCAACGCCGCGUGGACGAAGGCGAGUGGGACGCGGCUGUCGAGGUGUUCGAAUACAUGCGCGACUUUGGAGGCGUGCCAUCGGGCGAGUGCGUGGAGAUGUUCGCGAGGGUGACGGACCACGAGGGGGAGAUGAGCGAGAUGACGACGUCGCGGUGUCGCGCGGUGGGCGCGUGGCUGGCGUCGUCGGACGCGGGGAAAGCGCUGUGGCAUCUCAGCUUCGGCGUCCCAGGGAUGGAGGCGCCGCGCGACGUCGCGCCGAGCAAGACGAUACGGAUCGCGAUGCCGAGCGAGGAGUGGGACAUCGACGGCGACAUCGACGUGUUGAGAGACAAGCUCAAGGACUACCUCGACUAG